AUAGGUAGAUGUUAAAUAUAAGCCUAAUUGAUAAUAAUAUAUAGCAAGGUUGUUUUGUUUUCGUAGAAAAAUAUUGCAACGGUUUGUUAACAAUAGUGUAGACCAAUGAUUUAACGUAUUCGAGGUUUAGUUAUCAUGCUAAAAUAUAUGUUUUUCAAUAAUGUAACGUUAAUAACAGUAACACGAUGACAAGCAAAAACGACGACUUUGAUGAUCAUUUAUCAACUUUAUUAGUUAAAGUUUCUCAUACGAUCGAAGAAAUUAGAACUAGAGCGCUGAAAAAUAUCCUAGCCAAACUAAAUCAUGGAAUAAUAAGGGAAGACGAUUUGGUACAAGAGAGACAGUUUCUUGUGCACUUGUUACAAUGGUUUAAUUUUAAAUCUUGUCCCAUGCAGUAUGAGGUUCUUCAGUUACUGAAUAAACUAGUGAAACAUACAUCUGCAGCUGUCGUUUUGAUUGACCUUGGAGGAGUAAAAUUUUUCUCAGAGCUUCGAUUAGAUCUUGCUCCAGAUUUGCAUAUCCUAGUCGAUGAAAUUCUUUCAAGUUUACUAAGUUUUCCUAAUGAAAAUUUUACUGAAGUCAGUAAAGACAUUUAUAACAGUAAUAAUAACUUGCAAUUUUACACAAAUCCCAAACAAGAAACUAUUUGUCAUGGAGAUAAAAAUGUGCCUUUAUCACAGAAUUGUGUGGAAGUUACUCAUCCAAAAACGUCUUCAACAAGGUUUCGUGCUGAGAGUGAACCUUGUUAUUUUGAUAGCUCAUGCCAAGAACCUGCAGCCUUGUAUGAAGAUAAUGGAAUUACACAGUUAUUCGGGUUAAUAACAUUUCCAUAUUUAUCUUUAAGCUCAUCAGACCUUCAUGUCAUUUCUUCAAGUAACAAUUCCCUUAAUAGUAGUGAUUCGAAUGUUAUAUUACAGUCUUGUAAAUUUUUAUGUGAUGUGAUUUUUAAGGACUUCCCACCAGAAGUGUUUUUACAGGAGCCAGAUAUAAUAAAGUCUCUUAAAAAUAUACUUAGAUCAGAACAUUCAAGCAACCAUCAAGUUGUAAUAGCAGCACUUAAAUGCAUCUCUGUUUUGACAUGUCUUCUUCAUGACAGAUUAUUAUUUUAUCAAGAUGCAUCUUUUUAUUGCAAUAAGAGUGGUGUAGACAGCAAUUUUGGUCAAUUGACUAACUCAUUAAAUAAUCAGCCAACACUGCAUCAAGACUUGAAUACCUGUGUUAAAACUAAUGAUCAACGUUUAUCAGGUGAUGGUCAAGAACUUUCUCCUGAAUUGCCUGCUAAUUUAAUUUUGCCUCAGAAUACUCUAAAUCCAGAACAAUACCAGUUGCAAGAAAGGCCUAGCUUGAACUCAUCUCAGAAACUGUUUACAAUACCUGCUUAUUGCAUAUCUGUAAUUUUAAGUGCCUUACCAUUUUUUCAUAACCAUAGCUUACAUGUAGCUGGAAGUGUUUAUAAUCUUGUGGAAGGUGCAUCUAAUUUAUUGAAGUCAGUCAUAAAUCCUCUUGUAAGUGCUUCUGUUAUCAAUAAUAAUGAGUAUGCAAACUUUAAAACAGAAUUCUGUCUUUGUCUGGAAACUUGUGGAGAGCUUAUGAAUUAUCAUGAAGAGCAGUACAUGAGUGCCAUAUCUGGCACUGGCCAAAUUGAAAAACAUAGAACGAUAUUUCUUGCUAUCACUAAAAGUUUGGGUAAACUUUUGAAGCUAUUUCCAAGUAUUACUGAAACUUCUUCACUUGUCACGAAUACUAUUGUUAAAUUAAUGAUGGAUGAAAGUUACAGAAUUUUGAAUAAAAGUGACCAUGGAGAAUUUCUGAAUUUUCUUAAGUUAAGAAAUCAUCCAGAUGUUCACACUUUCCUUCAAACAGAGGAAGUCAGGAUGAGUAUAAGUGCACUUUAUCAUUUUUUGCAUGGUUUGGAAUCAUGGGAGGGAAACAAAGCUGAGCAUCUGUCACAUCUUGCACAAGAAGCUGUUUUUUGUCAAACUUACUUCCGGAAGACAGAGUUUAUCACUGGUGUUAUUUUUCUCUGUUCUCGAUGUUUUGAAAGUAUAGAUGAUGAGAGUGCUAUUUGUGCCAAAACUUCAGUUAAGGUUCUACUUAAUCUACUUGCACAUCCACAUCAUGAAAUUAGGUUUGAUACUUACAGUAAAUGUGAAGAAAAGGUUAAAAAAAUAUUGAAUAAUUAUAUGAAUGAGAAAGAAAUAAAUUUGAUGGAAAAAAGAAUAAGAUUUAUUUUGGAUUCUAAAGUUCUUUUUCAGUUAUGUAACUAUGGCAUGAUGGAUGAGGAAAACAUUUCUAAAAAGGCUAAUGAAAUUUUAACUUCUUUGCUGCAGACUCGAGCUAUGUCUGUGGAACUGUGGAAAUACAUUUUGAAAUGUAUUAUUCCAAUCUUACCAUUAUUACAGUCGUUUACUGACAUGGAUACAUCCCUAGGAAGGUGCCUUUUCCAUAUGAUAGACCCAAACUUUCAAGAUGGCUUGUCAUCUUUAUGUUUUCUUGAAGUUAUAAGAAGCAAUCUACGUUUGAUGUUCCAUCCAAAUUUACGAGUUAGAUCUGAGCUUCUACCAAGAAUUGCUGACAUAUUAUCCCAUGAGCCUGAAUCAUUGAGAAAGAAACCCUUGGUUUCAAAAUUUGCUCUUGGUAAACCUCAACUUUCAUCUUUGCUGCUAAUUGACAACCCAUCUAACUUAAAGAAUGGCAGAAAUGAUUCUGAUGUGCCAUUUCAGUGGGAUACUUUGCAUAAACUGAUGGAAAUAGUGAAAAACCAGAAACUAGAUGGAGGAAUUAGACAGUCUGCUUUUCAACAGUUAGCUUUGGUUUUAGAAAAUAGUAAUCUUCAUGAGGCUUUUCUUAAUGACAGUGGUAUAAAGUUAGUUUUUGAUAUAAUGAAAUGUGUUUUAUGUAGUGAGACUGAAGAAAAAGGGUUCACAGUUAAUGUCCUUCCAAGCUGUGUAAGUGUGUUGCGUUGUACAGCUCUUAGUGACAACAUUCUACGACACAGAUUAGCUUACAAUGAGCAUUUAUAUUACCUAGUCUUAAAAUCAUUGUUACUGCAUCAAGAGGAUAAAAAAACAAGAAAAAUUUUGGCUGAGCUUUUGUCACUUGUAUUAUUUGAUGAGAUAAGUUGUAUUUCAUCAUUUGGAGAGUGUUUGCCCAAAUUCUCUCUUCCAGCAGUAGUAGUGAAAAGGUACCAUCUUCCUUUCACUGUUCCUAUUCAUAACUUGAAAAGUCCCUUUGCUGUGGUAGUCACACCAGAACAUUCUGACCCUCUUCAGUCUGGUGCUGCAGCUGAGAGGCUUAAAGUUUGUUGGAACUUGUGCUGGCAAGGAGGAUUACAAAACAUAUUAAAAUCUAAUGAAAAUAAUACAAAAAGUGAUGACCACCUAGACUUCACCACUCAUGAGGUGGAACGUUUAAAAUACACCGAUUCUUUGUUUGCAAUUUCAUUUUUUCUCAAUGAAAUAUCAAAUGCAACUACCCAUAAUAAAGUAAGAAGAUCACUUCAUGCUCUAAAACUGCACACAAUUUUUUCACAACUGGAAGAUGAUAGUUACAAUCUAAUCAGUGGUUGGGAUCGUUCAUUUGAGAGAUUUUUUAAAGUGUUUCCCUCAAGUGAAGAAGACAAGAAACUGUUUAUAGAUAUUUUAGAUUUUUGUUCAUGGUUUCUUACUUUACCACAUGUACCCAUGAAAUUGCAUCAAUGGCUAUGGAAACAAGUAUGUAGAGUAGAAGGUCCUAUUCAACAACUGUUAAACAGACUGUCAGAGUUUGUCUCUGUAGAAGAGGGUAGUACACCAAAACAGUUGGUGCAGGAGAUUCUUAAGCUUGUAUGUAGGCUUUUGGUGGUUGCUUCAAGAUGCAAACUAGACACUGAAGUCUAUGAUAGAGAAUGCCUUGUUAGUCAUCUCAUCCAGGGGCUAAUGGUUGCAGGUACUCCACAGUUUUACAGCUUACCAAUGUUAGAGAAAAUGCUUGUAACACUGCUUCAUGUUACAGGAAAACAUUUCUGGAGUAGAGAGUUUCAAGAAAAGAGGAGACUGGAGUUAACUAGGCAGUUGCUCACAGUCUUAAUGGAUGUAGUCAUUGCUUUUCACUUUGGAUCAGGAGGAAAUACAACUUCUUUUAUGGGGCGUGGUAUUGUUAAGGCAGCAUCAAUGUGUCUUCAUCAACUAGCAGAUGAAAUGAGCUCCCAAAUGGAUAACUGGGAAAUGCAUUGGCUCCAUGAAGAAAGUACAGGGAAUAUUAGAAGGUUGGGAUUAAUGUGGCUUUUACCACUUUGGACAGAUAGAGACCCAGAAGUCAGAACAGCUGGGCUUGGAAUUGCAUCUUGUUUAACAGUUUCUUUACGAGGUUGUCAUUUACUUGGUGAACAACUUCGACAGGUAAGUGGUGGUAUUUGGGGAGCUGCAUUGAGUUUUCUUUUAGACCAUCGGGAGGCAAGUAGUGUUCGUGAACAGGCAGCUCUUAUUUUGUGUAAUUUAACUGUGCUCUCCUUAACCACAGAAAACAAUAGAUGUGUGCAUUCUGAUAAAGGUACAGUCAUUCAUGAUCCAAGGGUAUCUGCUUCUGCUUUAGGAUUAGCAGCUUUAAGAACAGUAUUACAGCAUAGCAGUUUUUAUAAGGAAAUGGUUGUCCUGAUAUCAAAUUCUUACUAUGAAGAAAACAUUCCUCUUCUGGCAAUCAGUUUUCUGAAUCAAGAAUUCAUUAAGCCAGAUUCUGUGUCAACAUUAUUAACAACUCACUCUGCUUUGCAUAGAAUUGUUCCAGAUGACACCUUAAAAAACACAGGUAUUCCCAUAAUUGAGAGAGUUGAAAAUAUGACCCAGCAGCAGCAAGAUGACAUAGGCAGUCACCAGUCAUUGUUAGGGGGUCUCAGUAGCUGCAGUUCUGAUGCUGAGCAAUGUGAAAACAGAGCACUUUUUGUAACUACACCAAGUUUAAUUAGAAUAGUAUGUCUUCUGUUACGAAACCUUCUUCUGCAAGAUCCAGAUACUGUGGGUCUAGAAAUGGUUCGACAUCAACUAAUUCAUCAUCUUUUGAGAUGUUUACAAACUUAUCAGUUUUUUUCAACUAGCCAACAUUUAACUCCAAAUUUUAGAAAAGAAAAGCUUUUGCUUUAUUCUGCAAUUGUCCGACUUCUGGAACCUUGUCUUUUGAACAAAGAAAUAAGACAUAAUCUCAUACUGCAGCCACAUUAUCUGAUGGUUGUGACAAAUCUCUUUGUCAAUUGUAGCAUAACCACUUACAGUAAAACUGAUGCAGUUACUUCUUUGUAUAUAGCAGUGUUUCAGGUAAUUACUAGUCUUCUAAAUAUUGAAGGAGUAUUAGCCAUGCCUGUGAUUAGUUUUUGUUUAGCCCAAAGCUGGAAGGAGAUAGCAGAACAAGUAAACACUUGCAUCAAACAAGAUGAUUAUCCAAGAUUGAGAAGGAAAGCUCUUGAGUUUUUGAAUCAUUUGUGCUUUUUUGAAACAAAACGAAUAGAAACUUUUCAUUCUCAGGAAAGUUUAAAUGAUGAUCCAGCCUUAGGAGGCCCUUCUGCUACUUUUAGAGCACUUCUUGACAAUCAACUGCAAGAACUAACUGGUAAUAACAAUGAUGUCCAAGGAAAAGAAGAACCUGGAAGACAGUUUGGUAUUACCAUUAUGAAUUUGCCAAUGAAAUCUAUCCAUUAUAUUUUUAAAAGUGAGAAGGAAAGUUGGUCAUCAGUAGUGAGCAAUACAAUGUGUUCCUUGUUAGGUGUAUCAGCAUCUGCUAGGUCUGCAGUAUUGGAUAAAGGUUUACUUAAAACAGUGUUGAAUGACUUGAAAGAUGCUGUUAAUUUCAUUGAUUGUGCCAAAAAAGGAAAGAAUUUAAAAUGUCAGGAAUUGAUUCAAUUUUUUAUUGAGAAGUUGCACAUUCUUCAGCAUUUGAUAUACCAAUCAAAAAAUGCCAAACUCCAAGCAUGUGAAUUAAGAAUAAUCACCUAUCUUAGAAAAAUAUGGAGCUUAUGUUUGACAAAUUUUAAUCUGAUGUCUAGUUGUUUGUCCUUUUUGGUUACUUAUACUGCUUUUUGUGCAGAAGCUUGUAGUUCCUUGGUUAUAGAAACGACUCAGGGCAGCAGUGGAACUGCAUCUGGUAAGAUGACAACACUCCACCAAGUUGUGUUUGUAACUGAAAGAGAAAUAGACAGAUUUUCAAAGACUCGAAAUUCAGCUGUUUUAAAACUAGCUUUUCAGGUUUUAACCAAUGUUUGUUGUGUGAGUGAAUGCAGAAACAUAAUUGCCAGAACAAACUUGCUUGAAAAGUUCACCAAACUGCAUCCCAAACAGAGACAGAAAGGAAUGCAUAUUCAGCUUUUGGAAACAUUGUGGUUCACAUUCCUUAUCAGGCUGACCACAGUUAGUGAAGGACAACAAUUACUUAUUACAAUUCCUGGAUUCAUCAACUUGUUAAUAGACUUUGCAACUACAGGCUCCUCUAAUGCCUGUAAAAACUCUGUUCUUAUUUUAAGAAAUUUAUGUUUUCAGUCAUCCAAUAAGUCUCAUCUGAAAGCAUCUGAAAGAAUUGUUCCUCUAUUUUUCAACUGCCUGAAUAAUGAAUCUGAAAUGCUUCCUUUAUAUGCUGCUUCGGGACUAUGGGCAUUGUUAGCUAAUCAUCAGCGAGUAAGGCCAUUGGUAAAGAGCACAGAGUGGUCCGAACUAAGACUUCAAGAAAUAGUGUGUUUCAUGGAAGCAAAAGGAACAGAAAAGUCUCUCCAAACAGCAAUGUACCUAAAUAAUGUGAAAAAGUUGCUCGCAGAAGGAGACUAAGAUGCAGGUAUAACAUAACUUGUAAAUAGUCUAAAGGAAGGAUAAGCCCAUGUUUUAUUGUAAGAUGCCUUGUAAUUGUAAAUAUAUCAAUAGAAUGUGUAUCAGCCUUGCCUUUGUACCUAACCCAUAUAGUCAUACUGUUAAAUUAUUGUGUGUACUGUGAAAUAUUGAUGUGAAGGUCAUAUUUAAUGUUAGAAGCCAGUUUAACAUAGAUAGUUAUUUGCUUCGGAGGUGAUCAGUUCUGAGCAUAAUUAGGAAAGCAGUUUUUAAUGUGCACGUCUAUAAGGACAUGUAUUAUAUGUACACUGCUAGUUCUAAAAAUCACAUAUGUAGGAAAACAAUUGACUUGAUAUAUGAGUUAUUUAGGAGAACCAAAAUAUCUGUGAAUAUAUUCAUAACUUUGCUGAAUGGGUUAUUGAACUUAUACUUUCAAACUGAAAACAAAUUGCUCAAGCAUGUCUUUAUCUAUUCCCAUCUUAGUUUAUUUAAUUUUUUUUUUGUAACAUACAUUUGAUUCCUUCCACAGACUGAGACUUUUUAACACCAACCCAAUUAUUGUUUUUUUUCUGUAAAAAUAUUUAUUCUCUAGGACCUUAAGUACAAUACACAGUAAACGUCCACUCACAGUCAAUACACAUUAGAUAUAAGCUCGGUUACUUUCUUUCCAACAUAGAAUUGUUAAUUUUUAGGUGUUU